CACAAUUCGUGUCUUCAAUGAUCUGCGACCGACUUUCAUUCUUACCCUAUCACCUAUCGACUAUCCAAUAAAUAUUUACUCACCGCCAAUUACCCUAGCCUGCUAACGAACCACAACGCGGAUAUUAUAACCACAUCUACGGCAAAUUAUUUUUCUCUCUAGCUUCUACGAGACUAAAAUCGGUAUCAGCAAUAGUACUACCCGGCUUCUAAGUGAUCCUAUCCCAACAGUCUUCGGUCUCGCUGAAAUGCGGUCUAAGAAUCGUGAUCCGAAGAAAGAAAAGCCCAUGCCUUGUAUAAUUCAGCCUUUAAGCGUUUUAACCAAGAACAUGGCAAGAAUCUCUAUCAAAGAUAUUGAAUCCUGGGUUCAUCGAUCCUCGGAGACUCGCAUUCAGGAAGUUCAGAGGAGAAAAGGUAGAGUCACCCGCCCGAUGAAUUCUUUCAUGCUCUAUCGAUCUGCAUAUGCGGAAAGGACAAAGCAGUGGCUCGCGCAAAAUGACCAUCGACUUGUAUCCGAAAUAUCUGGCAAGAGCUGGAAAUUAGAGCCACGAGAAGUUCGCCAGAAGUACGAGCAUUUAGCGGAAAUUGAGAAGCAUAAUCAUUUGAAAGCGCACCCCGAUUACAGAUUUUCUCCAACGAAGAUAAAAAGGAAUUCAAAGGGCGUCGGAGGAGAGCAGCCAUUCAAGAUUGUUUCUGAGUCCAACUCGGGUUUGCUCCCUGCAUUUGCCCUGAACACCGCUACAGAGAUAAGCAAUAGCGGGCAUUGCUGGCUCACAUCUUCCACCAAGAUAUCUUCAGAUCAACCUAUAAUGAUGCCACAGAAUGACCUAUUGAUUCAACAUAUUUCUGACCUUGAAAGAACGAGCUUUCAAAACACACCCUACGAUCAUUCAUCUUCAACUAAUUUCCUGGCACCAUCAUACUAUAAUACUCCACAAUUUGCCUCCUCGGCUAUCAUUCUAGAAGAUCUUGUGCAAAACACCCAACCUUUAAUACCUAGAUUUGAGCUUCCUAGUGCUGAUCAGGUCUCUAGCCUUCACAAGGUGUCAUGGCAAGGGUUCUAUACAAUCUAGGACUGUUCCUCAAUAAGGUCUAUGUUAUAGUCAUGUAUCUUCUCAGCAAAUAUGGUCUAACUCUGGAGAGAGAAGUUUGUUGGUCAUAGGGAUGAAGUAAGUUAGAAAUAUUACACGAAUAUUGUGGACAGAUAAUAAAGUAUUAGCCAUAUUUCGAUUCCAGACGGCUAGCUUUUACAAAGCGGCGCUUAGUUAGAUUGCGCUGUGAGCAAUUGGCUUCAGAACCGGUGCCGUUACCAUUAUCAC